GAAAGUGUGCUAUUACUACUCUCUACACACUAUUCAUAAGCUAUAGAUUUGAGUAUGCUGAACAAAUCAGCGCAAAGUUAUAUACCGGUAAUUAUGCAAUUUAGGGUCUGAUAAAUCAGGAAGACACUCGAACUUUUGAUUGAUAAUUAGGCACGGGGAAAAUUAGCCGGUCGAGAGCUGGCUCAAUAAUGAUGACACGACAAAGAGGGGUAGUGGUAGAUCGAAGCCAGCCUUUCCUCGCAAUUUGAUUCUGGAAUUUAGAUAUGUUGAUUAGCACACAAUAAUUAAAACUUUUCAGAGCUUUCUUGAUCUUUGUGUUUGACAGGAUGCCUAUCGAUCAAUCGUUCCCGGUGCCUAGAACCGUUGCUCAGCUUUCCCCUAGCACAAGCCACAAUGGCAACGACCAUGAUACAAACCUUGAAACCCUCUGUAGAGAAUGUCAGAGGAUAGAUUGGUCAAAUAUUACAGACUGGCGAAAGUUUAAGGGGACAGAAUCUUCGAUAGCUUGCCCAAAUGGACGCGAUACUAAACUCGUCCAAGCCUUUGAGAGAAUUUCCCGUAGCCAACUGCUCAACUCGGAUUGUCACGUCUGUCGCCUUGUUGCGAGCCUUGUCAAUCCAAAAUCUGGUAGCCGCUCCCUUAAUCAGUCUCUAGAAUUAAGAGACAUACAGUUGAAUGUAUGUUUGGAAGCUCGGGAGGGUUUGUGUGAGACUUGGGGUUCCAAAGAGCGAGCCCUUUAUGUCAAACUGGCAGUUCGAUCCCCUUUAACUGGUUCAACGCGGAUACAUGGCCGCGAUGACCACAACGACUACGUCCGCUUCAUAAAAGCACACAAAUUCGGGAACCAUGAGACCGCCGGCAUUCGCAUGCUAGAACCCUUGAAAGUCAACUUGGAUUUCCUUAGACAAAUGUUAAACAAAUGCCUCAAAGAUCAUGAAGAAUGCCGGUCUACGAAGUCAGAAGUUGCGAGGUUGCGUGUCAUCGAGCUUACCACGAAAAAGAUUUGUCAGGCUCCACCAGAUUGUGAAUACAUCGCUCUAUCUUAUGUUUGGGGUGAUAAGUCUGCUUGCAAAAAUACCCAAGGAGAGUUUCCACGGGUCAUACAAGAUGCCUUCACCGUCACUGAGGCCUUAGGCGACCAGUAUCUAUGGGUUGAUCAAUAUUGCAUCGACCAAAACCCGAACUCCCCUCAUAUGCAGUCUAUGAUCAACCAGAUGGAUCUUGUCUAUGGAAACGCCCACACCACCAUUGUCGCAGCGUCCGGUAAGAGUUCUAGUGAUAGUUUACCGGGAAUCAGUGUACCACGUUAUCAAGCCCACACAUCCAUUGGCGAAAUCAAGCUGAUCGAAGUCUCCAACGUUGAAGCAGAGAUCUUGAGCAGCCAUUGGGCUACGCGAGGGUGGACUUACCAAGAAUGGUACUUCUCUAGAAGAAGACUAGUAUUCGCAGACAGCGAAGUAGUGUUUGUUUGCAACGAGGGGGAGGCAAAGGAGACAGUAUUAGGUCAUGAUUCUCAUCAAAUCAAGAUCAUGCGGCCUGAGUUCGAGGAAAUGAAGCCUAAAGAUCGCAAUAGGUCUCCUCUCUUUUGGUCUCAAGAUUUUGUAUCACAUAUAAAAGCAUACAGCAGGAGAAAUCUUAGCCAUGAUUGUGACAGCCUGAAUGCAUUUGCUGGCAUCCUGAGAUACUAUGAGUCAGUUGCAAUGAGCGAUAAUAUACCAAUGACCCACCUUUGGGGGGUUAAAUUGAUGCUGCUUGGGCAUCCCGAACAGGAACGGGUAGGCUUCGACCUCCUAUGGUAUCAUAAAGCUAUUUCUCAUCGAAGGAAUGAUCUGCCCAACUGGUCUUGGUCAGGUUGGGGUGGUUCGGUUAGAUUUGAAUCAUUUGGAUUGGAAAUCCAGACCCAUACAGCAGAGCCGGCAACUAACAAGCCGCUAGAUAAUUCGACAGAUGAGAAUGAAGAAGUAACUUCCGCAGGAGAGUGCAUUCUUCGGAUACAAAUUCCCCUUGAAGACAGGACUAUUGAUCUGGAUAGUUUCUGUCGGGAACGUCAGUUGAAUCUACAUCGCGAAAUUUACCCGAAGGAAUUACAUAUCACCUCAUUCAUUGUCCCGCUACGAAUCCGUAAAGGUCGUUUUUACUGUCCCGAAGAGGAAAUUGUCUGGCUGCCCAAAAAUAUGGCAACAUUUCUUGUAAGGCCGGGUAUAUUUUUGGGCAUCCCGGUGUGUUUCGACAGAGAGUAUAGUUUCGAAUUGCACAAAUUGGGCCUGGUGCUACCGAGUGAAGGCCAGUUCUACAACCUGGGUGCGUAUAGCAUCAUCGUUCUUCACCCUGUAGCGGACGGAAAGUACGAGCGAGCGGGACUUUUUACCCUGCUCUAUGACCCUAGCACAGGAGAUUUCAAAGGCCUGGAAUCUUACUGGGAACCGAAUGCUCUAUUUCAUGAAAAUGAUAAUCUAAUUUCAGAUGAGGACCUUAAUAAGUACAAGACUCCGUUUGGCGGGGCACCAUAUGAGUAUUCAUUUCUCCAAGGCGCUGAAUGGAAAACCAUCUGCUUAGUCUAGAUCUAGUCUAAAUAUAAGCACAUGGAUCGAGACUAA